AUGAAGGGCUUGAGACUGGCCCUGGUGCCAGGACUUUCAUGUGCCAGGUUGGGGAUCCUGUUGUUCUUGGUACUGAUUUCUCUGCCAAGCCUGUAUUGUGACCUGGGCUCACUAUAUCACUCUUCCUAUGAAAUAGUCAUUCCCAAGAGUCUGACAGUGGAAGGAAGGGAAGACCAAGUGGAAAAGCUCUCCUAUAUGCUAUUUAUGCAGGGCCAGAGGCAGCUGAUUCACCUGACGGUGAAGAGAGACUAUUUUGUGGAUAACUUCCCGGUCUUCAGCUAUCACAAUGGCAUCCUGGGGCAAGAAAUGCCUCUCAUCUCACAGGACUGUCACUAUGAAGGCUACAUAGAAGGAGUCCCAGGUUCUUUUGUUUCUGUCAACACCUGUUCAGGCCUCAGGGGCCUCCUGAUUAAGGAGGAAAAGUCCUAUGGCAUUGAGCCCGUGCACUCUUCCAAACGGUUUGAGCACGUGUUGUACGCCAUGGGCCACGAAGCUCAAGUCUCCUGCAGCGUCACAUCCAAAGACAGCCAAGUGGCGUCCACCGGCCGGCAACCACAGAGCGCCAAGCCUCACAGCUGGCACGGGACAUCCGACCUGUGGUCACGUACCAAGUACGUGGAGAUGUUUGUCGUGGUCAACAACCAGCGGUUCCAAAUGUGGGGCGGUGACGUCAAUCAGACAGUCCAGAGAGUGAUGGACAUCAUAGCUCUGGCCAACAGCUUCACAAGGGGAAUAAACACAGAGGUGGUGCUGGCUGGAGUGGAGAUUUGGACUGAGGGGGACCUCACAGAGGUCCCCGUGGACCUGCAAGUUGCACUCAGGAAUUUCAACAGCUGGAGACAAGAGAAGCUCUUCCACCGUGUGAAGCAUGAUGUUGCCCACAUGAUCGUGGGACAGCAUCCUAAAGAGGAUAUGGGGCAGGCAUUUCUCAGUGGUGCCUGCUCAAGUGAUUUUGCAGCAGCCGUGGAAUCCUUCCACCACGAGGAUGUCCUCCUGUUUGCAGCACUCAUGGUCCACGAGCUCGGACACAACUUGGGUAUUCGGCACGACCAUUCGGCCUGCAUUUGUAAAGAUAGGCCCUUCUGCCUCAUGCGUGAAAACAUCACUAAAGAAAGUGGCUUCAGCAACUGCAGCUCUGACUUCUUCCACCAGUUCCUCUGGGAACACAAGGGGGCCUGCCUGUUUAACAAGCCUGGGCACAAAGGCCGCUUACGGAGGGAUUCCCGCUGUGGCGAUGGCAUUGUAGAAGGAGAUGAGCAGUGUGACUGUGGUUCUAAGUGUGAAACGCACCCAUGCUGUGACACCAGAUGUAGGCUGAGAGAGCAGGCAGAGUGUAGUGAUGGGCUCUGCUGUGAUAAAUGUCGCCUGAGAUACAAGGGAUUCAUGUGCCGUGCUGCUUUGGGAGAGUGUGACCUCCCAGAGUAUUGUAAUGGUUCCUCGGGAAAAUGUCCCAGAGACAGCUAUAAGCUCGAUGGUACAAUGUGUGAUAGAAUUCACUACUGUGCUGGCGGUCGGUGUAAGAACCCUGACAAUCAAUGCAUGGAUAUAUAUGGGUCCCCUGCAAGGUCUGCCCCAGAAAACUGUUACGUUUCAAUGAACACAAGAGGGGACCGGUUUGGAAACUGUGGUACCACCAGCUCACCGAGGUUAACAUAUCUGAAGUGUGCAGAUGAUAACAUAUUUUGUGGGAAACUCAUAUGUACAAAUGUUAGACAGAUACCACAACUCAAACCCAAUCAUACACUGAUCCAGGUCGCUCACAGAGAUGACUGGUGCUGGAGCAUGGAUGCUUAUGACACUGCUGAUAUCCCUGAUGAUGGAGAUGCGCAUACUGGCACUCUCUGUGCCCCACACAAAGUCUGCAUGAAUCACUUGUGUACUGAUUAUACCUCACUUGGUUACAACUGUGAAACAACAGAAUUGUGUAACGGGAAAGGAGUUUGCAACAAUUUGAGGCAUUGCCAUUGUGAGGAUGGCUAUGCUCCCCCUAACUGCAAAGAUCCAGGAGAAGGUGGUAGUGUAGACAGUGGUCCUGCUAGUGUAUCAAUUCGACUUUCUAGUGAAGGUGAAAGUGAAACUCCUAUGACACGUUCCACUGAGGGCACGUUAACCUCAUUAAUUGCAUUAUUUUUGAUCUUAUUAUUACUACUUAUAAUUCUUUGUGCCUGCCUGUUUCGUAAAAGGGAAAAAGGAGAAGCUGCUGAACCAAAAGGGGAACCAGCUGUCCCAGCAGCGGCUCCUGUGGCAGUGGCUGCCGCGGCAGCAGCUCCCACAGCAGCAGCUCCCGCAGCAGCAGCUGUCCCGGAAGAGGCACCUCCAGAAGGGGAGGCAGAGGAGGAAGUGGAGGAAGAGGAGGAAGAGGAGGAAGAGGAGGAAGAGGAAGAAUCAGAGCCAUAA